AAGACACCCAGCUCACAACAGCACUCCAGUGCAUCUGCUCUGAUAGUUCAAUUUUUGUUGGAAAAGGGGGUUGGAGGAACCAGGAUCACCUGUUUUCCCAGGUGUUGCAACCUGAGAAGUCACCAUGCGGUAUCCCAUUAGGCGUUGCAUCUUAACCUGCAUGGCCAUUGCAUUCCUGUGGCUCUUCAUUAUUUUGGAAAUCCCCAGAGAAAUUGAAAAUGACAACAUCGUCAUGCUGAUUGAAGGCGAAGGGGGCAGUUAUGGCAUCCACAAGAGCCUGAAGCCACUAGAAGACUGGGAGACAAUCACCCUGAAAUACACGGAAAAAAUCCAGCGCAGAAGAAAGACGUGGCUGACAGUGGGGUUGUCCACGGUGUCCCAGCAGGACCAGAAGAACCUCCUUUACACGCUCUUCAACCUGUUCCACUCGGUCUCCAAAGCUGAGCGGAAGCGGCUCACGGUUUUGGUACACUUGGCCCACCCAGACCUCGCUGUGCUCAGGGACACUGUAGAGCACAUGUCAAGACUCUUCAGUCCCCAAAUCCUGGCAGGCCAGCUGCUGGUGAUCCACGCCCCAGCGGACGUCUACCCAGCCGUGGAUAAGCAGGACUGGGACUACGGUGGGCAGGAAUACUCCAAGCAGAAUGUGGCACAUGCCUUCCUCAUGAGCUUUGCCACGAACUUCUCCGACUACUUCCUAUUAUUGGGAGACAACGUCUUCUGUGCUCCCAACUUCAUCACGCACAUUCAUUCCAAGGUGACUGCCUUGAAGUCCCAUCCUUGGGCGCUGCUGGAGUUCUCCAACAUGGGCUUCCUGGGCAAGCUCUUCCGUAGCAGGGACCUCCCGCUCCUGGCCCAUUUUCUGCUGCUCUUCCACAAAGAGAAGCCACUAGACAGGAUGAUCUCUCACUUCCGCUCCCUCCUCGGCCAGGAUCACCCCAUCCUCAGCCAGCCCUUCCUCUUCUACCAUAGGGCAUACCACCCCAUUACUGGCAAUGAAGCGGUUCCCAAACACAGCCCUCCCGACAGGCCCAACAACCCACCUGCAGCUGUCUACACCAAUAUGAAGGUGUUCACCGUCCACUUCCCCUGGGAGGCCUACACUCUGGAUGAGUCAUUCUUCUGGACCUACAAUGUGAGCGUGGAGAACCACCUGACUGUGAUCUUGAACCACCCAGCAAACCUGAGCAGGGUGCAGGUGCUGACGGGCUCCAUCGUGGACGGGGCGAAUGCCCUGGAGCAGGGGCAGGUGGAGCUGGGAUAUAACCCCUUGGGGACGCCUCAGCACUGCACCAGCUUCACCCUGUUGGGCCACCUCCUGGAAGGGCAGAUGGACCAGAAGAUAUUCAGGAGGAGUAUGGGGUACGACGUGAGUUGUGUGAGGCUGGUGGUGAAGCUCUCUCAGCUGGGUGGUCUCAUGGUCAGGCACAUCAACCUCUGGGAGGAAAAAUCCCAACUACGAACACCCUGAUGAGGAGUCAAUGAUGCUACAAAAAAUUAAACCCUUGAACCCAC